AUAAUGAUAUAUUAAAUAGAACCUUAUCAGAUUCAUUUAAUUUACCAGACAAAACAAAAUUACGAACUUCAAAUAAUAAUAAAACUUUGCAUAAAAAUAAAACAGAUGUAAAAACUGUAAAGACCAAAAUAUAUAAUAACAAAUAUUCAAAUGAUAAAAAUAAAAUAAAUGAAGUAGAAAUAAUAGAAUAUGAUGAACCAAAAAAAAAAGAAACAUUAGAAGAUCUAUUGGAAGAGUAUGAUGAAGAAAUGAAAGAAAUAAACCAAAAGAACGAAAAGCCAUUUUAUAAAAGAGCCUUAUUCUUAUUAGAUGUUUUCGAUAACAUAUUUAUAGACAAAUUAAUAGAUAUGAAUAUACAAAAAAAGGAUUCAUCAUUUUUAGAUCAUGCAGUUGUUAACUCAACAGUUAUUGGUACUAAUUCUUCAUAUAUUGGAUUACCUAUGUUAGUUUAUCUUAUUAGAAGUUUUGAAUUUCUGAAUAGAUAUGAAUAA